AUACAACAUGGCGGCUGUACGAGUCUUUUCUCGUUUGCAUUUUUAUUUUCAUUUCUUAUUCUGUUACAUAUGCGUGGCAACAGCAUACCAUGCAUUGUUGCCAGAAUUUCCAACACAUGUAUUCCAGAGACACAUCAAAAUGUCCAGACAUCAGCCUUUCUGUGUUGUCUUCAGGAAUGCUAGUGAAGGUUCAAAGCUGGAGAAAGUGGCAUAUAAUCUCUGGUAUAUCAAACCUGUGGAGGAAAAUUUUACUACUUGGCAGUUUGGAGCCUUUAGUCCAGAUACUGCUAAAAUGCCUCCAAACAAUGUAGAGCCUAAGAGGUUACCAGCAAUGAGAUGUUACCUGGGAGAAUCGUCAAGCUAUCAAUACAGUGGUAAAGUUAAAAAACCAGAACUGAAAAACUGGCUCACAAAACUGUCAGCAUUAUACAGGGAACAGAGUGAGGAGGUCACAGAGAAACGUUUAAGAAAAGCCCAGAGAAAGUAUGAUAUAGUGUUGUUGGCUUUCCCGGAUGGUCCAAGACAUCAUGAGGUAGAGGACAUGAUAUAUGGGUUGGCAGAGGAACUGGAAUCAUGUAAAGCAAUGGCAGUGCAUUUGAACUCUGCUCAGGUUGGGUUGCUUAGACAAAGGUUUAGUGUAAACAAGUACCCAUCUGUUGUUGUCAUACAUAAUAAAGUUGUCAACAAAACAUUAAAAGAAGACUUCCAGGUGUUUUCUGGACAUGAUGUGAAACCACAUGUGAUGAAAGUAUACAUGAUGGCAUAUAGUGUGGAUGCUCCUUUACUAAACCUGGAAACCUUUGAAACUUUACUACAUGGCAACCAGAGUGAUCCAGACUGGGAGUUCAAGCCUCUGUUGGUGUGUUUCUAUGCACACUGGUCACAUGAUGUGUUUGGUUAUCUGUACGCCUACAAUAUGACAGUUCAACAAUAUAAACAAGAUGGUGCCAAUCUUAUAUAUGGACUGGUUGACCUGACGAAAGAUUCUACAAAAAAAUUGAUAAAGAGACAUAUAAAAUCAGGUGCCAUGAAGCAGAUACCCUUUCUGUCUCUUAUAUACAAAGAUUCUACUGGUGAUUUGAAAUCAAGAUAUCUUCACAUUGGACGGCCUUACCCUUGGAUGAUGUACGAACCAAUACUAAAUCUAGACAGUGGCCUCCCACAGAUGCUUGGUAUUAAAGAGUAUUCAGAUCCUUGGGGAAUAUUGCCCUAUGAUCAGUAUUCAAGCAUAGAGGAAGGUCCAUAUGGAAGGAUUUGUACAUCCUGGUCACAUAAUAUGACAGAUAAUACACCAGUGGUAAAGAAACCUGUUGUGAAAAAAAUCAGAAUUGUCAAAAAACAGGUAGUGAUUAAAAAGAAGGAGCCAGUCAAGAAGUCUGUGCACGAUUUGUUUGACACAGAUGCACUGGAGAAGAAGUUGUCUGUACAUGAGAAUAUACCACUGUUAACAAAAGAUACAUGGGUAGAUGUUGUGGAGAAAUCACAUGCACCUAGACAUAUAUUCUACAAAUCUGGAAAGUGGGCUGGGGAAGUCACUAAAGUCUCUUUGGUGGUGUUUAUAAUGGCUGACUGUGGGAAUUGUCGUAGAAACAAUCAGACAUUCAGAGAUAUUCAAAAAGAGGUUGCUCAUAUAGAUGGCGGGUCCAUGUACUAUAUAAACUGUACAGCAGAACCUGUACUAUGCCGUAACCAUAAUGUCCGAGGAUUUCCAACUAUAGCUGCAUAUAGAGGUCUUGGUUGGAUGGACACAUCUGAAUGUUUGACCAAAAAUAGCCAGAAACUAUUCAAGAAACAUGUUCGCAUGGACUACCAUGGUGUUAUACGGGUGAAGCCUGUGUUAGAAUGGUUUUCAAGAAUAGCAGACAACUCUGUGAUUAAUGUUGACAAGAACCACCUGCCUUCAUCAUUCCAGGAGAAAGAUGUAUGGCUGGUAGCCAGUGUAAGCCCAGCCACAGAGACAGAGUCAGGUACUUUCUGGAGAUACUCAUGCCUGAGACUGCUGUGUGAGCGGCUCUACAGUGUUGUCGACUGCUUCUCUAUAAGAUCUGGCAUCUUGCCAGAAAAUGCUGAUGUCAUUGUUACAAAGUUGACAUUGGAGAGAAGAGAUAAGGUAAAAGCUGUGAUUAUGGAACACGGUGUUCCGUUACUUGAUACAAUGGAGAAUCCGGAUAAUGAGUUACUACAUAGAUACCACAAAGCUCACACUUAUAAUAUCAACUCUAAUACAACCUGUGAGGAAGAUGUAGCUGUGUGUACAGAUGUUGUAACAGAGUUUAUCCUGGACCACAGCAGAAUGCCUGUUACACCACUAUCUUCUGAUAUGUUCCAUACUUCUACAAGUAUGUUGAAGGAGGAAGAAUUGCCUAUUCUGAUAGCUAUGGCUAAUACAGAUAAUCUUACAUCAUCUUCACCUUUUCUUCAGGAUCUGACAGCUGUAGCAUAUGAAUUAUAUAAUGAGAUUAUGGUGAUGACCCUGGAUGCAGAGAAAUACCCAAAUGGGCCUCGAAAUUUGUGCCAGCUCUUUACAGCCAUACCAGAACAUUUGAAUCAGAUGAGCUGGAUCCAUUGUCACUGUUUGAAUUCCCACGUCUGGUGAUAGUGAACAAGAACGACCACAAACAUGCGGCCCUCUACCCACCAACAACAAGGAGGAGGAAAAAGAAUGAAGAGUUUACAAGGGAGACAAUCUUGGCAUUCAUACAUUCUUACCUUCAGGAGCCAGAGAGCUGGAUUAUUGAAACUG